AGCGCGGCCGCCGGACCCGCCGCUCCCGCCGCUCGCGCCGCACCCAGGGCCGCCCGCUCCCCGCCCCGGGGCGGCGGCGGACGGCGGAGGGAGGGGAACAGCCCGGUGCGGACGGGCCCCCCGCAGCCCCCCCCGCGGGCCCGGCGGCGGCCCCUCCUCCCCGCCGCUCCUCGCGUCCCUCUCCGCGGGUUUGUGGCGCUGUGCCGGGGGAGGAUGAACGGAGGAUAAAUGGUGCCCAAGGCGGACAGCGGCACCUUCCUCCUCCUCUUCCUCCUGGUGCUGAGCAUCACCGAGCCGCUGCGGCCAGAGCUCCGCUGCACCUCGGGGCAGUUUGCGUGUCGGAGUGGAACCAUUCAGUGCAUCCCUUCCGACUGGCACUGUGAUGGAUGGCCCACCUGCGAGGACGAGAGUGAUGAAGUUGACUGUCCGGGAAAGUGCCCAACAGGAUGGCACCACUAUGAGGGCACAGCCAGCUGUUACAGGGUGUAUUUAAAUGAGGAGAACUACUGGGACGCUGUGCAGACAUGUCAGCGGGUGAACGGGUCCCUCGCCACCUUCACUGCAGACCAGGAGCUGAGGUUCAUCCUGGCUCACGAGUGGGACUUGGAAGAGAUGACGUUUUUAGGGAAGGACCAGCACUGGUUCUGGGUCGGAUAUCAGUAUGUGAUCACCAAUCGAAAUCACUCCCUGGUGGAAGGUCACUGGGAAGUAGCUUAUAAAGGCUCUUCAGAAGUGUUUUUACCCCCUGACCCCACCUCUGGUACGGCUAUGCCUGAAAAGGAAAACGUUCUUUGUGCCCAGCUUCAGUGUUUCCAUUAUCCUACCUUCCGGCACAAUGGUUUACACAGCUGGCAUGCUAAAAACUGCUAUGAGAAAUCUUCAUUCCUCUGCAAAAGGAGCCAGACUUGUGUUGAUAUCAAAGACAACAUUGUCGAUGAAGGAUACUAUUUCACCCCAAAAGGGAACGAUCCCUGUUUGAGCUGCACGUGUCACAACGGUGAGCCUGAGAUGUGCGUGGCCGCUCUGUGUGAGCGGCCCCAGGGGUGUCAGCAGUACCGCAAGGACCCGAAGGAGUGCUGCAAGUUCACCUGUCUAGACCCAGAUGGCAACAGCUUGUUUGACUCCAUGGCCGGGGGAAUGCGUCUGAUCGUGAGCUGCAUCUCCUCCUUCCUCAUCCUCUCUCUGCUGCUUUUCAUGGUCCACCGGCUGCGCCAGAGGCGGAGAGAGCGCAUAGAGUCCUUGAUUGGAGCAAACUUGCACCAUUUUAACUUGGGCCGCAGGAUGCCUGGCUUCGAUUAUGGUCCCGAUGGUUUUGGAACUGGCCUUACUCCACUGCAUCUUUCAGACGAUGGGGAAGGUGGAGCAUUUCAUUUCCAUGACCCACCUCCACCCUACACUGCUUACAAGUAUCCAGAUAUUCAACACCCAGAUGACCCACCUCCUCCUUAUGAGGCUUCUGUCAAUCCAGACAGCAUCCUUUGUUCCACUCCAGAUGGAGUUCUCUCUCAGACUGUGCAAACCAGUCCUCCAUCACUAGGAAACUGUGAUGUAUCCCCACAGCUUACAGAGGGGUCGCUUCCUCCCUCAGUUGGUCCUUCUCCAGUGGAGCUGGAAGACUCUGCUGACAGCAGCACCUUUCUUGUCCCUCCUGACACCCCACUAAAUGAGAACACACCGGCAGAAACUCUUACGGGCAACCAUCACAGCCACUGUUCCCUCAACACCAUUGUAUAGAGGAGCGAAACGCCCAUCACUGGUCAGAGUUUUAGCAACUGUUUGCACAGACAAACACUAAUCCGUGGUUCGAACUUCAGAAGGAAUCUCCACUUUGUUUUUCAGACACUGCUUUUAUGUUCUAGUUUAGGAUCGUGCCUCUCGUUUUUUUGGCUGUCGUUAUUCACUCACUAAUCAACUUGUCCUGUAAAUAUGGACUUGUAUAACUGCUCUUUUUUUUUUCCAUUGGCUAUGGAAAAGAGAGCAGAAAAUUCCUUUGACUUCUAAGGAGGUAAAAAGUAUGGGUAGUUUGGUUUUUGGUUUUUUGUUGUUUUGUUUUUUUUCUUAACCUGAGAGGAAUCAAAAUCUACAUCAGAAAAAAGCUACUUGGAUUUGGCUGGAUACCACAGGAUCCAGGGAACAGACAAUGGAAAAGGAGGGCGGGGGCAGUCACUGUUCAAGCAGAGAGGACGGAACUGCAGGGGAAGGGGCUGGGGACCUGUUUUGCAGAGUGGGGGCCCUGAGCAACAAAACACAGGGCACCAAGGGUUGCACUGUGUAAAACACAUGUGGGUUUUCACCUGCACUGCUGUUUCAGAACACCAUAGGGAUGCAGAGUGAAUGGUCUACACAAUAUGUGACGAGUGGGUACUAAGAAAACUGGGAUUUGCAAUUACAAUUAUUUGUUGCUGGUACCUGCAAAAUCUCAUGGUUGGGUAAACUUCUGGCCCAUGAAGGAAACUGAUUCUGUGUGAUGUCCCUUUGGUAGAACCCUCACGUGUGUUAGAUAGUACUUUAGGGAAGAGAUGGGGAGCAAUUAACUUUGAUGCAGCCUGAGUUCACUGUAUGAAGCCCCUGUUUGUUACAAUCCCAUAAGGAAGAUCGAGGUAUUUUUCUUUCUAGGUUAACUCCUUUACAGUGAACAGUUGCACAAGACUGGCCUGGAUAAAAGAUCAUUGUUCUUGCUUUUCUUAUUGCAUGCUAUAUUUAGCAUGUGUGUUCCCUCCCCUCCAUUUCACUUCUUUGCAGUUCUACAAAUACCACUUAAAAACGGUGAUCAACACGUACUAUACAUGAUGUUUAAUUCUAAUUGGACACUUGUUCCUUAUCUGAGUCCCAUAAAUUGCCAGCCCUGUUCUAGAGAUUUCCCCCGUGCCCCCCAAACCAUUUAUCCAGGUCCCACAAGGGUUUAUAAUGAGGUUAGUGUACUUAAAUCAAUAAAACAGUUUGCUUCAGUCUGAUAUGUCAUCUUAAAUUUCCCCCUUGUAUUGAACUCUUUAAACUAAGUUAAUUUACAGAUUACAAAGAUUCAUUCACUCCCUCACAAAACCCAAAGUCAAGCACUGUUGGUUUUGAUAAUGAGUGCGAAAUAAUCUUGACAGGUGACUUUAAAUUUGUUUGGAUUUCGGCGUACAAAUAAUUUACUUUUUUCUCCCAUCCUCCCCUUGUCUCUGCUUCUCCUUGACUUACUGUAACAGUCAGCAGAUGAGAUGAAUUUUAAGGAAUUUGUAAAGAAUGCCCCCUGUAAAUGGUCUCCUGUUACCUUAUGAAGGGUACAAGCCUAGAGGGACAGGAACAAAACACUGCAUGGGGGUGUGUAUGUGAUCUAUUUUUCUAGUAAUGAUGAGAAGUCAUACUUGUAUGACAAAUCCUAACCCACUGUUGCAGUUUCCCAGUGCAGCUGACUCUUUCCCCGUGGAAUAUGCUGCUACUUUCUAUUCCCUCUCUUGCCUGUAGGCUUAUACUGUACUUGGGGAUUGGUCUUGACAAUUCAACUCCUUUUGCACAGAAAACUGUGGGUUUCAUUACUGAGAUCGUGUCUGGUGCCUUGACAUUCAGACACUUGCUAACAACCCCGACUCCGUCGGAGAGCGUGAAUCACAGCUCUGGGUGUGCUGCCGGCACACGAGUGGGAGGAAGCACUGUUGGGAAGCCUCCCCGCCUGGAGCCGCCCGCGUCCCGCGCUCCGGUCUGACUGGCUGCAGCAGCACUGGUACCAAACGAGAGGAGCGCUGCUCCACCCCGCGGGAUCUCUUACCGUCUCCUCCUCCUCCUCCUCCGCGUUCCAAGCCCUGGUCCAAUGAAGUGGAUGGAUGGCAGUGGUCAGAACCAUGCGUACAAAUUACCGAGCAUUUCUGAAGUAUGAAAAUAAAGCGGGUUUUGUGCGUUUUUGAGCACAUUCAUACGUUU